AGUUGAGUUCUGGACGCCAACGGUGCCGGUUGUCCGCGCGUCACGUGUCGAUCCCAAGUCGUUCCGGCGUCUUAAAUGUGAGGAUAUUUGAAGGGGUGAGUGCUAUUGGUGUGUAGGUAGAUACAGGCUUCUGGAAAGUGAAGCUCCAUGUGUUUUGGAAGACGAUUGGAUUGUUUCAACAUAAUCGCAGUGAGUGGAUGAAGACGAAGAACAGCUUAAACUUGGCUGCGGAGAUUUUGUCGUGAUCUGGUGUAAGCUCCCGGCUCACCCUUUGUCGUCCCUUUGACAGCAACGAAAUCACGCUCAAGGUUUUUCGACUGGCUGCGCGAAGAGAACUGUUCCCCCGUUUUGGAAGAAACGUCUCCUCAUCGGUGACAGCAUUGGAUUGUUGAGGCUUUGAACGUCUCUUUACGCUGAUGGCAUGCUAAAACCAAGAUCGGAUACAGAUGCUCAUCAUCCGUCAGGCGGGAUAAACCGUGAAUAAUCAAAGAGGGAAUUAUUACCGUCAUCGUGUGGUUGAUCAUCAAUUCGAUAACGAAACACGAGGUGGUUUUGUGGGGCAAGAAAGGUGUCAAACCAAUCGAAGAAAUUAAAAGUAAAGGUGCGCGUUUGUGUCUCGAAGAUCGGGUUCAAAAAUGUGAUCGAUUUCAUCUGGGUGGAGCCAUAAGAAGAAAAUGUUUUAUGACCGAUCGUCGUCAUCGUCGUUGCAUAAGAAGCACAAUCCUCAUCAUCAUCAUCAUCAUCAACAUCAAAGUUGAUCGUAGUGCUGAAGAAAAAAAAAGUAGAGCCAGUCAGGGGGUUACUUUCGCUGGCAGUCAGUGGCGCGUGUUGUUUGAUUGAGGCGCGGUUGUGCAAUUAGUGUGAUACUGGAAUCGUAGAGAUGAUUUGCUAGUGAUAUUUUGAGUUCAUUUUUUUGCUCUGGAAAUUACUUCUUACGAACUGUGCCGGAAGAAGAAAACGCCGACCGACCGACCGCGGGUAGCACCCGUAUUGUGUUAUUGCUGCACCAGAGUGCUAAAUUAAGGUGGUAUCGGAAUAGCUUCGGAAAAGUGAAAAGUGCGGAGGAAAAUGGGAAAAUCAAACCACCGACUGAUACGGCUGAUUUGGCUGAUUGGAUUACAGUGCUUGGUGGUUGCAGUUUGUGCGGCGCAGAGCAGUUUAGAAGAUGUCUCGACAACAACCGCUGAAUCCAGCACUGUAGAAAGCAAUGCCAUAAAAGCAGAAAGUUCCUCAUCCACUACGAUACCGUUAGACGUUCUACCAUUAAGCAAAGACAACGAUAACCAAAAUGAUCCGAUUGCCAAAGAGAGCCCACCGGAAAGCUCAACACUUAAGUCUGAUGAUGGUGGAGGUCUGAAUGACGCCUCAGGGCCAUCACUGAUGGAAACAACAACUUCCCACUUGACCUCGUCGAAUCCCGUCGCGAAUGAGGUAAGCACCGAGUCAGAUGUUGCCACAAAGCAGCAAAAUGGCACCGUGGAGCCAAUCGGUGUGACCUCGAUCGAAAAUUCAUCACACUCCAUUCAGCAGCAACCGGUUUUGCUGCACGUUAAGACCCCCGAAGAGGUCAGCAAUGAUCAAAAUCCGGCUAAUCCACCUUCCAUUUUGGAUCACUUUGUUCCGGCCGGUGAAAGCUCGUCGGAAGAGUUGCUCAAAAUGAGUGACAUGAGAUCAUCAUCCGAAGCCGAGGUUACUCCUCGUGGUCGUGCCAUCAACUUUGGCUCCGAUGGGCCAAUCAAUUUCGUUACUGCCCCCGACCUGGUGACCACUAAAGGUCCCACAACAGAAAUGCCGACCACGACGUCAGCCCAGGUGAAAAAGCAGCAUCAAACCGCAUUGCCGGAACUGUCCGACAUCAGUAUGGAGGAGGACGAGGAUGAGGAGGAAGUGCAGCCGGAAGAGAUGAAGCCAAAGGGCGCUGAGAAGAUGGACCACAACAAAAGCGUGAAACACAUGAUGGUCGUCGAUGAGUGUAUCUACAAUGGCGUCGAGUACAAGACGAACCAAACCGUGGACAAGGGAUGCGACGAACGAUGCGCCUGCGAGGCAGAUGGUAAAUGGCGCUGCGAGCCGCGUUGUGCAAGGCCGUUCAUCAAACGUGGAAAAACGCUGCCGGACGCCGCCGGCUGCUACGAGAGCCCCUCCAAAACAGACGAAUGCUGCGCCACCCUGGUGUGCCCCUCGGAACGCUUGACGGAUGGACGGUCAGAUCACACGGAUGAAUCGACGGAUAGGAUACAAACGACGUCUACAGCGAUUGUGACCAGUUGCAUCUAUCGAAACCAGUCGUACGAUGUGAAUGCUAAAGUUGAAAUGGGAUGCGACAAAAUUUGUACUUGCACCAGCGAAGGUGAACUGGAUUGUGCACCGCGGUGUCCUCCGAUGAACGAAACUCGUUCAGAGCACUGUGUAACAGUGCCAGAUCCUAAUGAUGCAUGUUGCAACCGCGAAUUUUGCGACGUAAUUCUAGAUGAUCAUGAGCAGAGCGCUGGAAUGAUGAUGAUGUCCCCUUCUACGGCAGCUCCUGCUCCGUCGACCACCGCCGGUCAUGAAUUUAGCGGAGAAAUCGAUCAGUGUGAAUACAAAGGAAAAAUGUACACGAAAAAUCAGCAGUUUCACGAUGAAUGCAACUCGCUUUGUCUGUGUACAGACGCUGGCGUGCAUUGUGCUAAAAUUGAAUGUCCAUCCCAUUUUGGGUUGGACGUCCUAGAUCCACACUGUCUGCGAUGGGAACCAGAACCAGCAACGUUCCGUGCAAUAGCGCCACGUUGCUGUCCAGAACGGAUGAGAUGCAUUGACAACGGUACAUGUGUGUUCAAGGGACAUAACUUCGAUAACUGGUCGGAAAUUCCAAGUAAUCUCACAGGAUGUGAUCAACAUUGUUACUGUGAAUCAGGUAAAGUCGAAUGCAGACCCGCUUGUCCUCCGGUUCCGGCUACUCCUCCACCGAACCUGCCAUGUAAUCCUCGAAUGGCGCGACUAGCACCACUUCCCGAUGACGACUGUUGCAAACACUGGACGUGUUCCGGCGGAGAGCCAGCAAUCAGCGGGAACGACGUGCUUAAACCUCUCCUUAUGCCCGAUACAAUCAAUCAGUUUCUCCCGACAAAGACGCCGAAAAGCGAAAAAGGGGAGAAGACUAAACCGGAGAAAGAAUCGGAAACGCCAAAGGACGUCCUUCCAAACGUCCCAUUCUACCCAACCGUCGACGGAAAGCCGCCGAAAGUCCCCCAGGAGAAACCCCAUAAGAAACAUCCUAAGGAGGAUUCUAAGAAGGAUCAUUUCAACAAUAUAUACCCUAGCGGCGAGACUUCUGGGCCAGGCGAUUACGGCCAGUACGGCGACGUCCAAAAACCAGCAACACUUGGCGUUCAGCGACCUGGACCACCAGGAUAUUACGGUCCAGAAAUUAAGCCUGGCUACAACGACUACAAUCCUUACAUCCACGUAAACGGUCCACCAGGUUCGGUUCCGCUUCCGCCAGGUGGUCAGUUACCUCAUCAUCCGCUCGAUAAGCAGAUCAUCAACGCACUGGGGGGCAAUGCACAGAACAUUCCACCGAACAUUCGCAUCGAACAGCUGCUGCAGCAAAUUCACGCCCAAGAUCCCAAUCCCGGUCCCAUCCUGCAUGGUCAGAACAUUCCCUUCCAGCAUCCGGGGGCGGCCUCCGGUAACGGUAUCAACUACAACCAGUACGGUGAGCCGUUAGACAUUGGACUUGUACCGCACCAAAGACCUCAGUCACCACCGUCACCACCAACAGGACCUGGCCUCGGUUUUCCAUCCCUGCAAGCGGAUCUCAAGGUUCUCGCGUUGGACGCUAUCGAUCCGAAUACAGUUCGGGUUAUCUUCAUCGUUCCGCAGGUUUACGUAGGACUGCAUGGCCGCGUAGAGCUACGUUACACGCGUACCCGAAACAACGACACCUCCACCUGGCAGUCGCAAGUUUUUGCCCCACCAGACGAUUUGAUCGCUACUUCGCAGCUUGAGUUUGAACUGCCGGGCCUAGAACCCAACACUGAAUACCGGGUGAAGAUUACCCUGGUCUUGCGCGACGUCAACUCACAACCCUCUAGUCAAAUCUACAACGUCCGAACACCGUCCGAUCGGGUGAUCACUCCCCCGACACUGAUCAACACCGACCUGCACUAUCCACAUCUGGGACAACCCACAAACUUCCUCAAGGAGAUUAUUCAAGAUCCGGUGUUGCAGACGAAUGAUGUAAACGCUACAUGGGCCAAGAUCACGUGGCGCAAGUUGGACGAUGAAGAACUUGACUACGUGGACGGCAUCCAACUUCGCUACAAGGAGAUUGAUGGAAUGGUCUAUGACGCUACUCCACUGAUCCACCGGGCACUCAACGAAUACACGCUGGAAAAUUUGAAACCCCAAACGAGAUACGAGGUUGGUAUAUUCUUCAUUCCUUUCCCUGGACACGGCGAAGAAGUGCGAGCGGGAGAAAUGUUGCAAUUCACCACUGCCCAGAGGGUCGACAUGUACGGUUUCGAAGUGGUGGUGAAUGUGAGCAAAGUUAAAGCGAGCAGCGUCGAAGUUAGCUGGUCCGGUGUGCCAUACCCGGAGGACAAAUAUAUUAACAUAUAUCGUGCGAUAUACCAAAGUGAUAGCGGAAAAGAGGAUUCGAGUGUGUUCAAAGUUGCGAAACGAGAUUCAACGACAGGAACUCUUAUCAUGGACCUUAAGCCAGGCACUAGAUACAGACUAUGGUUGGAAAUGUAUCUCACAAACGGAAGCAUCAAGAAGAGUAAUGUGGUGAACUUUAUCACCAAACCCGGUGGUCCAGCGUUACCUGGAAAGACAGGUAAAUUGUCAGUAGCUGGUGUGGACAGCGCUCCAGGCGACUACUAUGGACCAUUAGUGGUGGUAGCAGUCAUAGCUGCCUUAGCGGUCAUGUCAACGCUGAUAUUACUGCUAAUCCUCACCAGACGGCGAGUGCAAAGUGCCACGAUCACACCUCCUCGGAAGAAUGAAGUGUCCUACGAUAACCCUAGCUACAAAGUUGAAAUUCAGCAAGAAACCAUGAAUCUGUGAACCUGACGCUCAAAUUUACAACUGCCCUAACGACGAAAUUGUUUUAAUCUCUUUAGGUAUCUAACCGCGACUGCCAUCGACAGGCACAGAUUUUGUAUAUUUAUUCUUUUAAACUAAACAAUCUACUUCCAAAUGUACAUACCUUAUCACAAAGCUAGGAGAACACAUUUCCCAAUGCAUCACAGGUCUUUUAAAGGUCAAACGAAUCUCCGUCCUAGGAAGUAUCGCCACUUUCCAUACUUUGUUAGUUGAAAUAUCCAAAGCACCGUCGGUCAAAAAUAUAAACAGGCCUACACGUUGAAUUCCCAGUGACCAUUCCUUGUACGAGAGCGCGAAGAGAAAUAUUCGAACCACCUUCGAACGGAUUACGAAUGUGUGAAUGUUACGAAUGUGUUUUGUACAUUCAUAGGUACAUUU